AUGGAAUAUAAAGACGAUGAAUCUUGUUAUCAUCAUUGUAGUAACACUGAGAAUGAGCAAAGAGGAUGUGAAGAUGAUGCAAUUGAUGGUGAGACUAAUGAGGAACCUGAAUAUGAUACUCAAGAGGCUAGUAGCGAUACUCAAGUGCCCAGUGAUGAUGAACACGUGGAUUCUGGUUUAGAAGGUUUAUGUAUCUUGGAUGGUAAGAAGCAAGUAAGAGGUGAGAAUAUCCCAGUUCUUGGUAUGAGUUUUGAAAGUGAUCAAGAUGCAUAUGACUAUUAUAAUUCAUAUGCUAGAGUUGUUGGGUUUAGCGUGCGAAGGCUGAGAAGCAACAAAUAUAAGCAUACUAAUGUGACAUGGAAAAGAGAAUUUUGUUGCUCUUGUGAAGGAUUCUAUACAAAAAAGAACACUCCAGAGAAGAAAAGAGAAGAAAGAAGAUUCGGAUGUAAGGCAGUGCUUCAGAUCAAACUAAAUGAAGAUGGGAAAUUUGUUGUCACAAAGUUUGAAGCUGAGCAUACCCAUGAUCUUGUUCCUGAAUCAAGUUCACAUGUCUUAAGGUCACAAAGAACCAUAGAACCUUCUCAAGGUGGUUUGAUGAAUCAAAUGCACUUUGCAGGGUUCAAACCAUCACAGAUCUUUUCAUACCUGACCGUCAAAGCAGGAGGACCGGAAAAUCUAAAUUUCCUUCAGACCGAUUGCAAUAACUUCAUUCAAAGAAGGCGGGCAAAGUUUUUGAAAAAAGGUGAUGCUCAAUGUUUGCUUAAUUACUUUAAGAAGAAGCAAAUGGAGGAUAAGUCAUUUUUUUAUGCAAUUCGAACAAACAUCGACAAUGAAAUAUGUGGUUUUUUUUUGUGUGAUGGAAAAUCAAGGAGUGAUUAUGCUAUAUUUGGUGAUGCGGUUGUCUUUGAUACAACCUUCAAAACCAACAAGUACGACAUGGUUUCUGCUCCAAUUGUUGGAGUUAAUCAUCAUGGUCAAACAAUUCUAUUUGGCUGUGGGUUAUUAGAUGGGGAGACCACAGAGGCAUGCAAAUGGUUCUUUGAUGUUUUCCUACAAGCUAUGGGAGGAAAAAAACCAAAGACAAUAUUUACAGAUCAAGCUGCAUCGAUUGCUAGUGCAAUUAAGGAAGUACUACCUAAUUCUCACCAUCGUCUUUGUUUGUGGCACAUAUAUCAAAAUGCUGCAAAACACUUGAGUCAAGUCUUUACGAAGUGCUCCACAUUUUCACAAUCUUUCAAAAGUUGCAUAUAUGAUCCAGAGAGUGUUGAAGAGUUUGAAUCAAGUUGGAAAGAUCUACUUGAUUACUAUGAUUUGAAAGAAAAUGAGUGGCUAAAAGACUUGUAUAACUUGCGUGAGAAGUGGGCACAAAUUUAUGGCCGAUGCAACGUUUGUGCAGGUAUGACAACAACUCAGAGAAGUGAAACUAUAAACAAGACUUUGAAAAAGUUCUUUUAUAAGAACCUGAUUCUUUGUGAGUGGGUGGUACACUAUGAGCGUGCUUUAGUUGAUCGAAGAGAAAAGGAGAGGCUCGCGGAAGUUGCAACUACGCAAAGAAAGCGAAAACUUCUGUCUAAUUGGAAAGUGGAGGUUGAAGCAGCAAAGAUGUACACAAAAGCGAGUUUCAAUCGUUUUCAAGAAGAGUUUCGAAAAUGUUUGGACUUGAUACUGGAAUUAGAGAGUGAUGACGGGAGAAUAGAAUCAUAUGUGGUUCAAAGACCAGGGAAUCCAAACUUGAGAAGUCACUUGUCUUAUAUAGCACAAAGAAUUGUAGCAAAAGGUGCAAAGGAUAAGCAAUCAUCCACCUUGGUAGAGUCUAAAUUGUUGGAGUUGGAGGCAGAAUUGGAUGGCAAUUUAUCCAUUGGACAAGAACAUGAAACAAAUUGUGAUAUAGAUUCAGAAGAUCAAGUGAAUGAAAAUAAUGCAAAUCUGGUUUUGCGUGAUCCAAAAGUUAAGAGGCGUAGAAGGCGUGGCAAAGGUAAGAGAAAUAAUGAUUUGGGAUCUAAGAAGCAAUCAAAAACGAGAUCUUCAUCAGUGCCACAAGAACAAGAUGAUAGUCCAGUACCCCUUAAAGAACAAAAUGUCUCUGUAUCAAAGAAAAGGAAAGCUCCAUCUAAAAGAAAAGGUUAG